CGUCAGUGGCGGCUUGGACUCCGGCGCUGGGGACAGCCGGAGCGCCCGACUGAAAGAUUAUGUGGAAAAACUGGACUGGUACACGAAUGGAAAGUCUGAGAAGUUAAUUUUGCUGAUGGCCAGGUUCUUGCUUUUAUUAUUAAGCCUUGGAGUUGGAGCACUGAUAUUCACAAUGGUCAUCUUUAGAGAUACAACUAUGGCUAGCCACCUGGGAUCAACUUCCAGUUUGGAGUUUGUUAAUGAACUAACAUCAACAUGGUUGAAAGUGAAAAACUUAGUUGCACAGUAAAUACAGAGGCUUGUGGUCUCGUACUCCUGAAUAAAAGGAAUCUGCUACAUAGCGCCUGUCCCAUUAAUGUGCAGAAGUAUCGCUUUGGAACCAGCAUGUCUUGGUCUUCGAGCACAUCAGCUCUUGUGUGUUUUUAUGUUCAGAUGGAAGCCAAUUUGAAGAACCUGUGUGUUUAUCAGAAUGGGAAAAUCCUUCAAAGCUAGACGUUGUACUAAAUUACACUUUUCUAUUGGAUUAAAUCAUUGGAUUAUUUUCAAAACCAGUGAUUUAAGGGAGUGAGCAAAAAAAAAUUUUGUACACACAUUGAGUUGAACAUUUUUUAUUGGUAAACUGAAGAAAUAUUUUUUUAAAACAAGACAGAAGUUUCUAAGUAAAUCCCUUUUCUUUAAAUGCUACGCUAUUAAGUGCAAAGUGUUGAAAAUACCUGCCUAGUAUCUUAUUAAAUAUUUACUGUAGUAGAAGCAGCUGAAUGGAUUGUGCAUGAUCAUAUAAUUGAAAUAAUCAGAAACUGACAUUUGAAAGGGCUACCUAAGAUCAAAUUUCAGGUCUACCUUCUUAAGAUUUAGUUAUGGAAGCUCCACAGAUAAACUUCCCAGUAGGUUGCCAGGCAAAGCAAAAGGGGACCCUGGUGCAAGAAGAUGGCAGUCCUCCAGCGAAAAAAGCAACGACAGAGGGGCAUGUAAAAGAUAAAGUUCAGACUGUGAUAAACAAGCUGACAACAAUAAAGAAGGAACACUUGGAUGAGUGUGAAGAAAAUUCUAGGGAGGACAGAGAAGAAGAUGCCAAGCCAAACAUUGCUGCAGCAUCGGAGCCUUUGAACUUAAAUCCUGGGUUGAAACACACGCUGGCACAGUUCCACUUAAGCAGUCAGAGUUCACUGGGAGGCCCAGCAGCGUUUUCUGCUCGCCAUUCCCAGGAAAGCACGUCCUCUGUCUUUGUACCUCUCCCAUCGCCCCAGAUCCUUCCAGGUCCGCUGUUGGUUCCUUCAGACAGUUCUACGGAAUUAACUCAGACUUUAUUGGAAGGAGAGUCUAUAUCUUGUUUUAAAGUUGGAGGGGAGAAAAGACUUUGCCUGCCCCAAGUUUUGAAUUCUGUGCUUCGUGACUUUUCUCUACAGCAAAUUAACACCGUGUGUGAUGAACUUUACAUCUAUUGUUCUCGGUGCACUUCUGACCAGCUCCACAUUUUAAAGGUUUUGGGAAUCCUUCCAUUUAAUGCACCCUCUUGUGGGCUUAUCACGCUGACUGAUGCUCAGAGACUGUGCAAUGCAUUACUGCGCCCUCACACUUUCCCUCAAAACGGCAGCCUGCUUCAUGCAAAAAACUCUCUGGCCCAACUAAAAGAGACUGGCAGUGCCUUUGAAGUAGAGCACGAGUGUUUGGGCAAGUGCCAGGGCCUGUUUGCUCCUCAGUUCUAUCUUCAACCCGAUUCUCCUUGUAUCCAGUGUUCAGAAUGCUACGGGAUGUUUUCCCCCCAAACGUUUGUGAUGCACUCUCAUCGUUCUCCGGAUAAGAGGACGUGUCACUGGGGCUUUGAAUCGGCCAAAUGGCACUGCUAUCUUCAUGUUAACCAAAAAUAUUUAGGAACUCCAGAAGAGAGAGAUUUAAAGCAUCUCCUGGAAGAAAUGAAAGAGAAAUUUAGUGUGAAAAAUCAAAAAGCCCAAGCUAAAGCAGAUUCUCAGUAUAAUCUAGAAUUCCAACAAUGGUAUCCAGUUGUAAAGCAAGAAGCAGACACAGUUAAUCAGCCACACUCGUUUAUGCACCCCAGCUACUACUUUUACAUGUGUGAUAAAAUGGUUGCUCCCAACGUAUCUCUUACCUCUUCGGUAUCACAAUGUAAAGAAGCUGCCAAAACAGUGGAGAAGAUUUCAGAGGUAAUCAAAUCUCUACCUGGGCAAUCGGUAAAACAGCACGGUUCCAGCAAGCGCAAAAAAGCCGUUUUCUAUCAAGAUAGCUCUCUUGAAGUGCAAGAGAAAGUUGGUGUGAAGCUUAGCACAGAAGUAUGUGCUGGUUUAGAGCAGCCUGUGUCCACUAAACCUGCUAACAGAAGGAAAGCUGAACAGAUCUCCAAAACAUCUAUAGAAGGUACAGAGGCAGAGUUAAGCAGCGAUGUACAAUCCUCAGCUCAGCCUUUUACUAAUGAUAUCGGUUGUGAUGAUGACAAAGGGAAAAUUAUGGAGGAAGUCAUGAAAACAUAUAUAAAGCAGCAAGAAAAGCUACAUACGAUUUUGCAAAAGAAGCAGCAUCUCCAAAUGGAAGUAGAAAUGUUAAACAGUUCAAAAGCCAUGAAGGAGUUAACAGAAGAACAACAGAAUUUACAAAAAGAACUUGAAUCUUUGCAGACUGAGCAUGCUCAAAGGAUGCAAGAAUUUUACAUAGAGCAGAGGGACUUGGAGAAAAAGUUAGAGCAAGUAAUAAAGCAAAAGUGUACUUGCGACUCUAACUUGGAAAAGGACAAGGAAGCGGAGUAUGCAGCUCAGUUGGCAGAGCUGAGGCAGAGGCUGGAUCACGCCGAGGCAGAUAGGCAAGAGCUGCAAGAUGAACUGAGACAGGAGCGGGAAGCAAGACAGAAAUUAGAGAUGAUGAUCAAAGAGUUGAAGCUUCAGAUUCAGAAGUCAUCCAAAAGCACCAAAGGGAAAUAAGAGUGCUAACAGGGGUGCAUCUGCAUUAUCCCAAGAAGGGUUUAAUUUGUUGAAGAGAAGGCAUGGAUCAGCAGAGGUAUUGGGAAUGAUCCACAGGGAAUAUUUCUUGUGCAGGCUGCAUCAUUUAGGUAGGAGAUGUGCCCUCUUAAGCAACUUCGAAGAAGUUUUGCACAAGAGGAAUUCCCAGUAGAUUGUACCCAAUGUAUGCAUAUAAAUCUGUAUCAAAAUAUUUCUGUACAAUUUACAGACUGACUAAAGAUCUGUAUCUGCUGCUGCUGCUCUUUUUUUUUUUGACAGUUACGAGCAAUGUGGAAACUUUGUGUUUUACGGUGCUCAGUGUUCAUAUUGCCAGUUAUCUUGAGGGCUCUAAACCAUUACUGAAAGCCACUUCCCUUUAUUCAGAGUAUACAGCAUCCAUGUUACAUGCUUUAUGUUGCCUGUAAUCCUCUUACAUAAAUAAUACUUUUAUACUUCCAGGGAUCUAAACCAUUUUUGGUUGAAGAGAAAUUGUUCCCGUGCAUUGUUCUUCUUUGAUAUUUUAUGCUGCCACAGAGAGAGAAUUGAUGGCUGAAAAAUAUAUUCAGGAGUUCCAACACUUUUCCAAAUGCCGAUUAUUUUUUUCAAAUUGUUAAUUUACUGCUCUUAUGCCAACAGUUACCUCUUUUGAAUGCUUUAAUGAAAAGAGGAUUGCUGAAAUGGAGUCCUAGACAUUUUUUAAGUUCCAAAAACCAUUGGUUGACUCUCAGUUUAUUUUCAAGAGAGCCUAAUGGCUGAUUUCACAUUUUGAUGCUGUCCUUUGAGCAUUACUAAAUACUAAUGGAGCUUGAAAAUGCCAGUCUGAGUUGUAGAGUGGCAAUUUUAACCAUCAUGUGAGUGGGUUACUGUACCAGCAAUAAGGGUUUUGUGUGUGGGUUUUUUCACGACUGCCUGGAAGUGGGCAGUCUUGGCAUUUUAUAGUAGUAAAGCAUUGAGGCUAGAGCAAACAGUGACUAUGAUGUUGUGAAAGUUAUUUUUUAAAAAGGGCAGUGUAGACAUUGCUGUCAUUUAGAAAGGAAUUAAACUGUGCAGUAGAUAAACUGUUGUUUCUCCUGCAAGGAAACGUUAAAGCCUUCAGUGGUGCAUCUGAUGUCAGUAUCACAGUAAUUGUGGUACCACUUCACAAAACAUUCAGUUCAGAAUUUUAGUGAUUAGAAAUCAAAUGAGUUCACGGACGUGAGUAAAGGAUUUAAUUUUUUUUAAAGUGUAAAGAUCUUUAUUGGGCAAAAUUUUCUUAGUGGAAAAAGCUGUGAGAAUCUCUUGAUUGUUGGUAUCCCUCCAUAAAGUAAAAGAAAAGAUAGUAUUGUUUUAUAGGUGAUGCUCAAUAGGUUACUUCCAUAGAUUAUUUCAGUGCAAGUAGUGUAAUCACUCAAAAUUAAAUGUAUACUACAUCAGUUUGAGGGGAGGAUAGUAGAGAAUUUGUUGGAUAUUAUGAUGUUCCCAAAAGCGAUUUCAGAACAUUGAACUUAAAUAGAAACAUGAGUAAUAUAUUUUGCAAACAUUUUUGACUUCUUUGCCUUGAUCUAGCUAUAGGUAUUGCGUGAGACUUGAUAGCCAUGAACACUGUGUGUGGGGAUGCACAUUGCAGUAUGAGUCUCUGUGAAGAGCUGGCAAAGCAAGCAGUGAAGCUCAUUUAUAUGUAUGCUGAACAUGUGUUUACAGGCCCUUCUGAGCAUGUGGAAGCCCACAUGUGUAUGCAAAUCUCCCUGGCUGCAUUUGGACACUUUGCAUUUAAUUCAUUGUAAAUAUCAUUUAUAUAUGUAUAAUUUCAAAUAGCUAAAUUUGUGCUUUUAAAUUGUAUCACUUAUUAUUUCCAUUGAUAUAUGCUACUUACUGUAAAAACCAGAGAGUAAAGCAAUUCAAAGAACUGACAAGAAGAAAAUGUUUGGCUUUCAUCCUAAAAGGACCAGGAGUGCAUACUUGGCUGGUCUCUCUUGCGAGGGAAUUCCAGAGACCCACCACUUAACAGUCAUGAUAGUUUGGCCUCUGUCAGUCCAGGGACCUAUAAUCCUCAUUGCUUGAUUUGCCAUUCUGGAGGGUAGGGACAUGACAGCUCAUAUGUGAGAGACCGUCCCUCAGAUGUCAUGUGCUCAGAGUUUUAAAAGUAAAAGCCCAAUUUAUAGAAGCCAUUGUAAUUUUCCCAAAAUCAAUUCAAAAUGUUGCAUGUAGCCCUACACAGCAGCUGAGCAACCAUGUUCUGGUUUAGUUGAAGAUUCCGGAUUGUCUUCAAGGGCAGCUUCACAUGAAGCACAUUAAAGCAUUCUAGCAGCUGUUUCGAGAGCAUUGAGAAUACUGGGGAGGUCCUUAUGAUCAAGAAAGGGAUGUAGGGCAUGGAGCACUUGAAAAUUUCUGCACAAGAAAAAGGAGAACAGAAACCAAAAAGCAACAACAUAGCCUCUGAAUUUUUUUUUUUUUUAAAAAAAAAUCUUGGUCAGAGAUGAUUCCUGAAUAACAAGAAUACAGAUGGAUCCGGGAACUGCGCUCAAGCUACAAACCUUACAUUUGAGAGAGAGAGAGAGAGACAGCAACCUCUAAUAAAGGUAGACACAGCAGCCUUUAUUAAAGGUAGACUUCCUGAAUUGCUUGGCGUCCCACCAUGUGCAGCUCCUUGUACCAAAUGAGAGAAUUUGCGCAGCCUCAUCCAUUUUCCAGGCAUUCACGGAGGUACCUAAUUGCUGCACUUGGAUCUGAUACGAAGUGUAGUAAAACUUGAGUGUUUCUUGCAUAUGGAUGCUCCUGCCCACCUUUCCCAAGAUCUGGUUAAAGAGCACAGAGGAUAGAAAGGCGAGUUUCUGGGCCAAAUCCAAGAACUAAUGAAGUAACGGUGUGAGUUCUUCCCCAUGCGCUCAGCUUUCAACCCAACCCACGAGGCUUUUAAAAAAAAUCCUGGCCCAGUAAAGUGGAGAGUUUUGUGGUCAGAUGAUAGCCAGUUGCUGAAAUGCUUUAAUUUAUUCUGCCUGAAAGCUGAUCUUAAGCUGCUGCUGCUAAGUGAUAUGUGCAGCCACUUCCCAUAGUCAGUGUUUCUCUAGGGUGUGGAUAAAACCAUGAAUGAUUCAUAUUCAGUCUGAAUAACUUAAAAUUCUGAUGUGUUUUGCGUUAUCUGCUGUUCCAGUAAUGUUGCGGUGCUGCUGAAGAAAUGGUUAAAAUAUGAUGCGAAAUAGAUUGUUUGGCAUCCUUUAUUAAAUAUUACACUAGAGUGAGCAGAUAGGAGAAUACUUUCUAUUGCCAUUGUUGAAUGUUUCCCUUUAAAAAAAAAAAGAAAGAAAGAAAGCAGAUAAGCAUCUUCCAUGUGGGCCAUGUGUGUCUUAUAGAGAAGGGAUGUUUGUUCUUAGGAAAAAUCAUCUACUAUGAAAUGUUCUUUUUGCAUGCUUAAAUACUUUGUUCCCGUUAACGCAUCAUGUACAGUUGUUGAGAGGUACAUUUGUACAUCAUAUGGGCCUAUUUUAUACCAUCAGUUGUCCUGGGAAAUAGCCCCUGAACUUUACUUGUUCAAGAGGUAGACUAGAAGCUUUCGGCUCUCUUUGAUCUUGGGGGGGGGGGUUCACUUACACUGUCUUGCAAAUAAACCAAGAGGCUUGGUGGAAACAAUUGGGAAUUCCUGGUUUAAGUGGUCAGUGGGCUAGUGUAACAGCAUAGAGAGAAUGGCUGAAGCUUGAUUGUAUAUGUGCUGUUUUCACUUCUAAAAAUGGCGGGGGGGGGGGAAUUUAAAUAAUGGCAAACACAGGGUGAGGCAUGUUCUUAAGUUGCCCAGCUCUGUGUUGUAUUGUCAGUGUUUGCUGCUAGAUGUCACCAUUUUCUUUAUCCACAAGAGAAGGGCCAGUUCGAACAUUGAUUGUUUCUCACACAAGUUGGCCCAAUUGUUUCAAAAGACAUCGUUAUAUACAGAGAUAGAAGAUAGUAAUCAGAAGCAUGUCGCUCUUGGCCAGCAAUGUUGCCUGUUGGCUGUAGGAAAUACUGCUGUGACCAUGGAGGUCACUGACAAUGAAUUAUGGUGGUUAAACGACAGUCUCCAUGAGCAAGAACUAUAAUGUCUGACUAGGCGUUGAGGUGAGACUGGAACACUGAGAAGAACGUAGCAAAUGUGAACUUUGUUAUGGGAUAACUGCAUUCAGUGCCUGCUUUGCCUCUCUAAGUAAAAGGAGAAGAGAGGAACAGCCUAGAAUUACUUAAAUUCCUCACCGGGGGAGUAAUCUUUUUGCUUUUAAAUGGGCAAAAUCCUUUCUGAAUACAGCUGCAAUAGAAUGUUUUUUUUCUGCCAAAAUUUCCAAUGUUGGUUAAUGAAAAAUGGUUUUAUAAUAUAAUUUUAAGAAUCUGUCAAUAUGUAACCCAUAUUGGUAUAUUUCUAUUCCAAGUCCAAUGGGACAAUUAAAAUGCAUGGGAUAGCAUGUUUCUACAAUUGCUACAAGGAUUGGAACUGAAUCAAUGGUUUUGAGUAAUUUUUUUUUGAAAAGUAUAUUUGGGAAAUACACUGAAUUGGUGUGAAAGAGAGAAUGCAACCUUCAGAUCAUUAAAAAUCACAAAUUUUGUUUUUGAAAAGGCUGGCCCAUUUAAUCAAAUCACCAUUAAAAAUUGAACGUUGCAGCCUUCUUUACAGAAAAUUUUCAUGUAGAUAUUAAGUAAUUCAUACAUAGGUGCCAUAGGUGUCCAUAGUCACCGAGAGAUAAUUUUCUAGUAAAAUGUAAAUAUCUAUGUUUUAAAGCAGAUAGUUUUCUUACAUUGAUAUCUCGACAUGCAGUACUUUAUGGGUGAAUUGCUCCACUGCCUAAUAUAGCUUGAAUUGUGUACAAAGACCUUGCCUGUUUUUGGAGGCCUAUGACAAAAUAACCUGUCCAUGUUACUCUUCGCAUGCUCAUUUUGUACGUUAAUUAUUAAUGAAAAUUUUCUUUUCCCUUUUUCUUUUUUAGUUUUGCCAAAGUAUUGGCCUCUUAGAUAGGAAAACUAGCUUCCCUGUUUGUCCUCAUUAAAGUUUCUGGGAAAGGACUAAAAUAUUUUUUUAAGCUGAAGUUUUAAGCAAUGCUUAGAAGCAAGGCUGCUCAGCACUUUUUCUUCUUUUUUUUGAGAACACUUCCUGGUAUUCCUGGGUUUUAAACUUGAGAGAUUUGUGUAGAGUACAUCAACGAAUUUGUGCUUCCCAUUGCGGUGGCCCUCAGGCCAGACUUUUCCACCCAGACUUGGAAAAAGAGCCAGCUCUUUAAUGUUAGAUUUAAACAUUUUAGAAAACUUUCAAAAGCAUGUUCAGGCAAAGUUGCGCUUUUCUUUUUGGUAGGACUCCUGUCCCUUAGCUUGAGUGUUUGAGGUAAAUAUGGUAGAUAAAGGGAAAUAUUUUACGUUCUUGGGUUAAUUUUAUUAUAUAUUUAAUAUAUUGAGAGUUGUAAAAUCAUUUGUACAUAGUUCCAGGUAUUGAAACCCUCUCAGUAAGCUGCGCAGAGAUCUUCAAAGAGGUUUGCACACUCAGUGCAGCUUAUUCCCACAUUCUCAGACCCACAAGCAGCUGUACUUCGACGAUCUCCUGGGCUUCAGUUUGAAAGAGCUAUGCAGAAUGUCUUUAGUUAUAUAGCAGCUAUAUGGAUGGCUUGCUGCUAUAUCUUGGGGCCCCGUUCCUAGGAUCAUGUAGCUGCCCAUUUGAAAAAACUUUCCAAGUCAGUUCCCUAAUUUUUUUUUAUCAUUAGAAAGGUAUAAACAUUGGUUAUUUUAAAUUAUAUAUAUGCACAAACAGAGAGAAUAUUAAAGUGUUUUAAAAACCCUAAUAGUGUGAUGAUGCAACAAAAUUCUUAAAUAUACUUGUGCUUGAAGUAGUUCAGUUUAUGCUGCAGCUGUAAAAUAUUUCUGCCCAACACAGAGUAGAUUGAUCUCUUAAUGAUAUUUUCUACAACUUGUUUGUUCAUUGUGUCAGUGUGAGGCAGUCCACCAUUUUCCUUACUAUAAAGGGGGGGGGGCUUUAUUUGGUUAAUUUUUUUGUUGCAGGUGCCCUCUUAAAAGGCCACUCAUUUGCAGGUUGCACAACUGUACUUUAUAGUACAUCUACAGUUUAGGAUAGUUUUACAGUGCUUUGAAACAAGUUUUUUUUUAAAAAAAUGUAAAUGAUUAUCCAGUUAAGUCCAUUACUUUCUUCCUAAUACCUCACUUGGAGAAAAAGGAAGCACAGUUGUAUCCAAAUUAUUCUAGUGGUGAACACACACCAAUUACUGACCUAAGUGUUCUGAGGCAGCUGUGUUGCCUUCCAGAAUAAGCUGGCAUGUGACUGACCAUUUAUUUUUGCAUGUUCAUGGUGCUGUCAAAAGUGUGUGUUGAUUAAUACAUCUUAAUAUAUUGCCACAAUCUAGAAAGGCAGCUCUGCAUAUUUGAUAAGGCUUUAGACAUGUUCAUUGGGCAGCAGCCUCUGUUUCCUGUCACAGCAAAUCACUUUUUGAAAUUUUGAAAUUAGUUUGCAGUGUACAUGCGGGUUGCCUUUCCUUUUAAAAAGUUUCACGGAAAAUGAAAAGCCCUUGGUGAAUCCCUAAAAUGCCUUUAUGGAUUGUGGCCAGAAACUUCAAAGAGAAUAAUUUAAAAAGUAUAAUUUACUGAACAUUUAUAGAGCCUGUGCUCCAUCAAGGCAACAAGUGCAAUGACCAAGAGAAACACACUAUUGGCACGUCCCAGCAGUUUUCGAUGUUUUUGCCAAUGAUGUACAGUUCUAUGGUUGGAGUUGCUGUGGUUGCAUUACAUAACUCACACAAAAACUGUCCUCUACCUCAUGUGAUACAAAACAGAUAUUUUCUAUGGUUUUAGUAAAAUACAAGAUGCAUUUAUCUGGUCACUUAGUUUACAAAUCUUGAAUUCUAUUUAUUGAAACAUGACAUACUGUGCUCUUAGCUUAUACCUCAAUCGUAUUUUGUGCAGUUUUCCAUUUUUCAUGCAUUGUAAAUACCCUGUAUAGAUUGUGGAUCCACAUACAAAUAAACAAUUCUAAUGUCAA